AUGGAGGGAGCCAUUUAUGAAGAUUUAAUAAUAACAACACCAACAUCACCACCACCAACAACAACAAAACCAAAGAACAAUAAUAUUAUGGAAGGAUAUCUGGACUGUUCUCGAAUCGAUGUUUCUGACAAAGUAGUUGGUGACAAUGCCAAUAAACGUUUGUACCUGUUCGCCAGCCAAGGUAUUCUUAGCUUCUUCAACGAGAGAGUUAAUUUUGACAGUGGUUGCAAGCCCUGCCUGCCAAUUGAGACAGUCUUCCUGAAAGAUGCGCUGAUCAAAAGAAGCAACACAAGCAACACUGGUUUUAAGAUAUUAUGUCGGAAUGGAGUCUGUUACACGUUUAGUGGUAGAUGCGGUGAGGAUGUAUCAGCUUGGAUCAAGUUUUUAACUAAGACCAUACAAAAUUUGGUUGAUUCACCGGUGGCAAUGACAUUACAAUUGAAGAAAACAAAAUUAAUGGCGAUUCUUAACAAACGCUCAACAAAGAAUGAACUGAGUCAGAAGGGAAUUUACAAAGAUGCAGCGUUUGGAGCCAGUUUAGAAACGUAUUGCAUGCAGAAGAACUGUAUUGGGCCACCGUUGUUCCUCAGACUUUGCAUCCAAGAAAUCGAAAAACGAGGCCUGAAGGAAGACGGCUUAUACAGGAAGGGCGGAAGUAUAUCUGAAAUUCAAGCCGUCAGAGUCCAAAUCAAUCAAGACGUCUUCAAUUUCUCCAAAGUUCAAGACAUCCACACGCUGACUAGCCUGGUAAAAUUGUACUUCAGAGAAUUAUCAUCCCCUUUAAUACACCCACACCUCUUCAUCCAGUUCUUCCAAUCUGUCGGUCUCGGUGGCGAGCAAACCUGCUUGAAUGCAUUGCUGGCGUUGGUGAACGGACUGAAUACUGUACACUAUCACACAUUACAUUACCUAGUCGAUCAUCUCAAAAAAGUAGCCAAAGAGAGUGAAUCGAAUCGGAUGACCAACUCGAAUCUAUCAAUAGUAUUCGGACCGACAUUGGCCUGGAUGGAAGCCGUUAAAGAUGACGGUACCAUCCUUGUGGUCAAACAAGCGAAAUUGGUACAACUAAUAAUUGAGAAAUCGGAUUAUUUAUUUAAGAAUUAG